AUGGUAUAUAACCUAAACAGGCUUCUUUUUCUUUUCUUUCUCUCUCAUUUCUUUACUUCUUUACUCCUUAUUCUUUAUUUUUCAUUGUUUUUUCUUUUCUUUUCUUUCCUUCGUUCUUUCUUUCUAUCUUUCCAUCUUUUUUUCUUUCUGUUUCCCUCUUUCUUUCUUUCUUUCUUUCUUUCUUCAUCUUUUUAUUCUUCCACGAUUUCCAUUCUUCUCUUGCAUCCUUACUUUUCAUUCUCCUUUUUCUUUCCUUUUUCUUUCUUUCCUUCUUUCUUCCUUUCUUUCUUUCUUUCUUUCUUUCUUUCUUUCUUCUCCCGUGAUCAUUCGAUUCAUUCUCAUCUCUUUCUUUCUUUCUUUCUUUCUUUCUUCUCCCUUGAUCAUUCGAUUCAUUCUCAUCUCUUUCUUUCUUUCUUUCUUUCUUUCUUUCUUUCUUUCUUUCAUUCUUUCUUCUCCCUUGAUCAUUCGAUUCAUUCUCAUCUCUUUCUAUCUUUCUUUCUUUCUUCUCCCGUGAUCAUUCGAUUCACUCUCAUUUCUUUCUUUCUUUCUUUCUUUCUUUCUUUCUUCUCCCGUGAUCAUUCGAUUCAUUCUCAUCUCUUUCUAUCUUUCUUUCUUUCUUUUCCCGUCAUCAUUUGA